UCUCGACGACAAUGCCCGAUUUAUACUAAUCCAAGAAAUAUUGUCCUAAGAGUUGUCUCAAGAGAUUUCUAUUCUCGUGCUUGGUUGACAAAGCGAGAAGAAUCUCGAUCUUGAUUACCAACGAGGAACAGGGACGUCGCGAUUCAGCAAGGUGGAAACGAGUAAUUAACAUCCGUUAUAACCGGGUCGAGUGUGAUUCUUAGUGUUGGAAAAACUUCGGUCGCGUAACGAUGAAUUUUCCGUGCGUAUUCCUUUACAUCUCGACCAUGGUGAUCUUUGCGUCCAGUUCGCCUCAACAGGACGAUGGUGUACUCGACAAGAUAAAAACGGGUUUCGAGUACGCGUCGAAUUAUCUGGAAACUGCAAAGGACAUUGCCGACUUGGUAGCGAGUAGUUUGGGCAGUAAGCAAAAGGAGAAACGAGGUGAGGACGAAGAUGCGAAGAAUAAGGGAAGUUUUGGCCCUUCGACCGUCAUGUCUGCUUUCUUUCGCCUCUUUGGAUUGGAUUCGCAGAAAGUUACAGCGAUUGCUGUGAACAGUGUCAUAUUCCUCGCACAAAUGAUAAGCUCGUUGUUCAAUUUGAAGCCGAAAGAGAAUUCUGGUAGAAGUUUGGAAGAUGAGAGUGACGCUUGGAAUCCAGCGAGACUUAUUACGGAGAGCAAGAACGAGAGAAUUCAAAAUUUACUGGAACAAGCUCGAGACGAGAAUCUAGCGAGUCGAUUGAUGGACAGGUUGGAUGGCGACGAUUCAUCGUGCAUCAGAUUGCUCGUGUGCAAAAUUUCACCUGUUAUCAAGGCGGCGCAAUAUUCUUUAAAGAACAAAACUCAAGAUAAAUGGCAUCGAAUGACUUCUUGGUUACCGAGCAAAGACCAGUUCGAAGAAAACAGCGACGAAUGCGAAAACACGCAUACAGAUUGCAGUUUAUUUUUCUAGCGGUAGCUAUUGAAUCGGCCUGUAGUAGUUUAUUUAACUUUAUUUUGCUACGAACUUGGUCCGGGAAGAAAUGAGGAUUGGCUCGAAGAAUACUUUUUCGAUUACUUUGCACAAAAUUGAACGAACGCUUUGAAUUUCAUAUAUAUAUGUUUAUAUAUAUUAUAUAUAAAAAUCGAUAUGGAAGAUAUUACUUGUAAUGAAAAUUCUAUGCAUGAGUAACUGUGUAUAAUGGAUAUAUUGCUAGGAAUGAAAGAAUUGGUUUGCACAGCAUAUAUAUUUGCGUCCAUACAAAUAUAUACUAUAUUACAGAAUAUACAAGGUAUACGAAAAUUAAUUUCUGCGAAUCGACGAAUGAAAAAGAAAAAAAAGCAGUGAAUCACCAUUUUCCAUUUUGGAAUAUGCACCAUUUAUUUUAAAUAAACUCCUCGUGAAUUAAAUUUGGCAAUAUACCCUUUUCUUGUAUCUCCAGCCAUCUCCAGGAUGGCCGCGCUCGCGCUCCAUUACACCAAAUAAAAUUACUAUUGCUUCAAAUCGUUCGAUCUUUACAGACAACGUUUGCCUCUUGUACGUUGAACAAGGAAAUGCUUUCGAUAAUAUCGUUUCUGAAAUAGAAGCGUUUCCUUUAAAAAGUAAUCGCAUUUUUAACGACGAUUUAAACGCGUUUCCUCAUGGAUAUUUAACGAGGAUUUUAACAAAAAAAAA